CCAUCAGGCACUUGCAUACAGUUGGCUGGCUCAGCAAGGCAAGCGCAACAGAAACUCGGGUGUGCUUGGAAACUACUGCGAAUAUGGUUAUAAAAGCUGUCUGUGUGUUGAAAGGAGCUGGAGAGACCAGCGGGACCGUUUAUUUUGAGCAGGAGGAGGGCUCAGCCCCUGUAAAGCUGACUGGAGAAAUCAAAGGCCUUACUCCUGGAGAGCAUGGUUUCCAUGUCCAUGCUUUUGGUGACAAUACAAACGGGUGCAUCAGUGCAGGCCCUCACUUCAAUCCCCACAACAAGAAUCAUGCUGGUCCUAAGGAUAAAGAGAGGCAUGUUGGAGACUUGGGCAAUGUGACUGCAGGAGGAGAUAAUGUUGCCAAGAUAGACAUCACGGACAGUAUAAUCACCCUCACUGGCCCAGACUCCAUCAUUGGCAGAACCAUGGUGAUCCAUGAGAAGGCCGAUGACCUGGGAAAAGGAGGCAAUGACGAAAGUCUAAAGACGGGCAAUGCUGGUGGACGUCUGGCUUGUGGUGUCAUUGGUAUCGCCCAGUGAGCACUCUGCCAGAUCAUGCAGCACUGGAAACAAUGUUUCCCCACAUCACUUAAUAAGACCAAGCUACCUAAUGUGACAGUGUGUCCUUUGCAAUACUCUUUAUUGACUAGUCUAGAGAGUAGAUGAGCCAUGCUUUACCCUGUCCGUUCCUCAUGACAAUUGUAUGUAUGGGUUUAUAUGUCUGCUGAUUAGUUUUGGUCCCAAAGAAUUGGUAACUCACAUGUAAUAAAAAGAGAAGUACAAUUUA